AUGCAGAGCUCCAAGACCAACACUGCAGGCCAGACUUCCCUGCCUGGCAAUCCAUCACCGCUUAAUUCUGCGUCUGUCACUCCCGCCAACAAUUCUCCCACAUCCCCUCGCCUCCACCAUUCGCAACUGCACCAUGUCUCGUGCCAGUCCAAACAGCUGCGGCCGUUGAAAUCCCCUCUCUACGUGCCCGCAGUGUUGCGACCAACCGAACGCCCCUCUCGGUCCACUCCUUUAACCCCUCCACGAAGCGUCCACGACGUUUCCGAUGACACUCAUACUCGAGGGCCACCUCAGCUUUCACGCCAAUCAACCGUCGAGAGUUUUCGAAGCGAGGUCAGCAAAUUGGCCGAGGACGAAUGGCUGAAAGAACAGAAUUUGGGGAUCGUGACAGGCUCGCCGACAAGAGAGCAUUGGAAGGCCGAUUCUUCUUCCCCAUCUUGUGAUUCCCCCGUUUGCAAAUCGUUCUUCGGCCUGUUCAAUCGCCGCCAUCACUGCCGUCACUGUGGCCAUGUGUUUUGUGCAUCCCACACUCCCCAUACCAUCCCGCUCGACCAAAACGCGCGUUUCCACCCCGAUGGCAUUGCAUCUCGGGCAUGUGACCUUUGUUGGAGCGCUUACACCCGCUGGGACCAAACUCGAAUUGAUCAGCUUAACCAGAUCCAACGGGACCUAGCGUCACAGAUCGAGCGGAAUAAAAGUGAUGGUGCAUCGUCGGUGGUAUCCAAGGAAACGGACUCUGAUCAUGCUAGUGUCAUUGACGCGAGCUUUCUGCCUCCGCCAUCGGAGCAUCAGGAAAGCACUAUUGCGACAAGUGUCCCAAGAGAUUGGAGCUGGAGCACGUUCUAG